GUGGAAAAAAAAAAUAUUCUAGUUAGAAAAAUGUGGUCAUGGCUUGACUGUAUCGUUGGCUAUUUGUUUGUUCUUUAAAGGCGAUUGCUCGUGAUGGAUAACAACAGGCAAAGGCGCAGACGGGAUUGUUCGUGGAUUGUUCUUCGAAUUUCAUUGCUAAUCUGCCUUGGAAACAAGAUUACGGCCCAGAUAAGGUACUCAAUUUCGGAAGAAUUGAAGGAAGGAUCUGUUGUAGGAAAUAUCGCGAAGGAUUUAGAUCUUGAGAUUAAUACGUUAGGGGACAGACGGCUUCGUAUUGUGUCUGGUUCCGAUAGCAAUCUUUUCUACUUAAACAAAAACAAUGGCGUUUUGUACACCCAUAAGAAAAUCGAUAGAGAGGAAGCAUGUCACGGAAACAGUCAUUGCGUUAUAGAUUUAAAAAUAGUGGUUGAAAACCCACUUGAGAUUCAUUAUAUAGGGGUGGAAAUAACAGAUGUAAAUGACCACUCACCGAUGUUUAUAGAAAAGGAGAAAUUUCUUGAAAUAGCUGAAUCAACUGCUCAAAAUACUCGUUUUCAGUUACAAGCUGCUCGUGACCCUGACACUGGUGAGAACUCUGUUCGUUUAUACAAACUAAGUAAAAACGAACAUUUUGAUGUGGAAAUAAGAGACUGGGGAGAAGACAAGCUUCCCUUUCUGGUAUUACAGAAGCCACUUGAUCGCGAGCGCAAAGCUGAACAUAAAUUAAUCUUAACUGCUUUCGAUGGAGGAAGCCCACAAAGGUCAGGUGCACUCAACAUAACAGUUAUUGUUCUUGACGUCAAUGACAAUCGUCCUAUAUUUAGUCAAGACGUUUAUACGACAACACUAAAAGAAAACACACCGAUGGGAACUUUGGUGUUGAAAUUACAUGCAAAUGAUAAUGAUGACGGUAUAAACGGGGAAGUGACUUUUAGUUUUGGGGCCGGCAAAAAACAAAACGCGUUUGAUAAUUUUGUUUUAGAUCAAGUAACGGGUGAAAUUCGAGUAAAGGGCGAAAUAGAUUUUGAAAAGACUAACAUUUACAAACUAGAUAUUCAAGCAUCAGACGGCGGGCAGCCUCCUUUGACCACAGAUUGUAGAGUAAUCAUAAAGAUUCUAGAUGUAAAUGACAAUAGGCCAUACAUAGAGGUAACGUCGUUAUCGAAUAUAGUUCCUGAGGAUACCAGACCAGGAACUGUAAUAUCGCUAAUUAGUUUUAGUGAUAGAGACACUGGUGCCAAUGGAGAAGUCAAAUGUGCUAUAUUAGAAAUUGUGCCAUUUGAAUUAAAGCCAUCCAUUCAAGAGAACAUGUACUCAUUAGUGAUAAAAGAACAACUGGACCGAGAGCUAGUUUCGUAUUAUGACAUAACAAUUACAGCCAAAGACCUAGGGCAACCUCCCUUAAUCUCUACUAGAACACUAAGCGUGCAAAUUUCAGAUGUAAAUGACAACAAUCCAGUAUUCACCCAAAGGCCCGUUGAACUGUAUAUAUUUGAAAAUAAUUUUUCAGGCUCAUCUAUAUUCUCUAUCAGUGCAUCUGAUAGUGAUGUAAAUGAAAAUGCUUUAAUAUCCUAUAGUAUUCUCAGAGGGGGCGAUGUAUACAAUGACAUUGCAUCAUUCCUUACAAUUCAUUCUGAAACGGGAGUUAUUCAUGCGCUAAAAUCGUUUGACUUUGAAACAACCAAGACGUUCCAGUUCCACGUUCUCGCUACAGAUUCUGGAACUCCGUCACUAAGCAGCAACGUUACAGUGAACGUGUUCAUUCUCGAUCAGAACGACAACGCUCCAGUGAUCGUAUACCCAAUCAAUGCUAACGGUUCUACGGAAGGUGUGGAGGAAGUUUCCCGCAAUGUAAAUCCAGGACAUUUGGUGACUAAAGUAAAAGCCUAUGAUGCGGAUAUAGGAUACAACGGCUGGUUAUUAUUUUCACUGCAGGAACUGAGUGACCACAGUCUGUUUGGUUUGGACCGCUAUACGGGACAGAUCAGGACUCUUCGGUCAAUCACAGAAACAGAUGAGGCUGAACACAAACUGGUCAUACUGGUCAAAGACAAUGGAAAUGUUUCACUUUCAGCAACAGCCACUGUGAUCAUUAAACUUGUUGAACCCAAAGAAGCCUUUGCUGCGUCCGAUGUUAAACAUGCAGUAAAAGAAGAUGAAGAAAAUAAUGUGGCGUUUUAUUUGAUCAUUACCCUGGGAUUGGUUUCUUUUCUUUUUCUUAUUAGCAUCAUUGUGCUGAUUGUAAUGCAGUGCUCCAAAUCUAUAGACUGUUCCUCCAAGUAUUUACAAGAUACAAAUUACGACGGAACACUGUGUCACAGCAUUCAGUACAGAUCUGGAGAUAGGCGCUACAUGUUAGUUGGACCCAGAACGAGUAUCGGUUCGACUCUAGUUCCCGGCAGUAAUGCAAAUACACUAGUGGUACAAGAUCGCAGGAGAAUUUCUGUUGAGGUAAGACCAAAAUCUAAUGUAUAA